GAAAGUUUCCAGAAGGCAACUUCGACGAGGUUUUCUUUCCAAGCCUGCACAUGGCUGCCAAGACAGGCAACAUCAACCAGAUGGGGGAGAGGGUGGAAGAAGGAGAAGAUGUGAAUUCAUUGGACGACCAGGGACUGACGCCAGCAGCGUAUGCAGCAGGUAUGGGCCACGUGCCAGCGCUGGCCGCGCUUUGCGUGCUGGGCGCGGACGUGCGGUUCAGGGACUCUCAGAACAACUCCCUAUUCCACCUCGCGGCGGCCUAUGACCAGGUGGACGUAGUGAAAUACUUGGUGCUCUUCGGCGAGAAACACCCUGAAUUCGGCGAGGAGUUCAAACAAAAUGUUUGGGCCAGCUGGAAGAAUGACAUGGGCAAUUCCGUGCUCGACAUCGCACAGCGCGGAAGCCAGGGCCAAGUUUAUCUUUACUUGUGCGAACGAUUGAAGCUGCGCGUCGCAGCCCGCGCAGUGAACUGA